CCCGUACGACCGGUCAGGGCAUUGUGAUCUUAUCUGGUUGCUAGCUUGUUGAACAGCUUCUUUGGUUAGCAAGGAAACAACCCUUGACUGAUGCAGGUGAUCCAGCACCCCGCAGAGACACUUCGCACAGCCCUGGUGUCCAGCCGCUGUGACCUGACUGAUCGCUACCAUAAGUACAGUCGAGAAGAGCGGAGGCUCCUGGAGGAGUGUCUCUGCCUGGGGGAUGGGUACUUGUUCCGGCCCAUCACUGUGCACUCUGAUUCGGACUGGAUCCACUCGCACCCAGAGGAGCCGCAAGACUUCCAGAGUUUCUAUAGCAACCCCUACCGCAGCAAACCCAUCAAGGGUCACAGUACUAUCUACCUACAGAUCAUCGGCUCCUUUAGGGAGGCAGAGGCUGAGACAGGCCAGUACGUGAGGUGGUUGAGGGACUACUGCUAGGCCUUCUAUUAUUGGCUGGUGGUUAAGCUGUUGCCUCCAGUGACCGUUGCUGCCACAGGCUGUGCCUUCAGGGUCAACAGCAGUUCACACAACCUACAGAUCCACGCAGGUGAGUUGCUGCGGUUUCUUCAGAAGAGGAAACCGUUAGAUGCUUUCGGCAUCAUGGGCAUCACCAUGAUAGAUCUCUACCCCAAAGAUUCCUGGAACUUUGUGUUUGGAAAGGCCUCUCUCACUGAAGGAAUGGGAGUUUUCAGCUUUGCCAGGUUCGAUGACAACUUCUACAGCAGGAGUUAGUGUAUCAGGCCUUGUCGGGGAGACUACUCUGUGUUUAAGGGCUACUACAGCACUCCUAUCAUGAGCACCUUACUGCUAAGUUCCUGCAAUAUGGUCACCCAUGAGAGAGAGCACAUAUUCGGGGUGAAAUACUGCCAGUGGAUCCAGUGUGUCAUACAGGGUUCCAACCACCUGGAGCACUCAGACCGCCAGCCCCUGGACCUUUUCCUGGUCUGCAUCGGAUUCAAAAUGGCUGACAGAUACAAGUCAGACGCCGAGCCCUACUGUCCCAAACCCACUCUGCCCUUCCAGACCUUCAGACAGUGGCUCAGGAGGUGUCUGGAGAUUCUGGAUGAAGUGAAAUAAUAGAAUCACC